UAAGUGUCCCGUAUGUUUUCGGGAUAGUCAGAAUCAUUUUACAUCAUUUUACAGCCACUUUUAUAUCAAAAGUGCAAAGGAAACCCUGGUGGUGACACAAGUUUCCUCAGGUCUUUCUCUGCAGAGCUGAGAACUGGUGCAUGGUCCAUUUUUAUUUUGCUUUAAUUCCAUCCUGAAUCCAAAACCAGUGAAAUCUUAAAAGCAAAAAUGCAUAAUUUUGUUAAAGUCUGCACUAAAGGAAAGCUGAGUCUUUGGCCUUGAUUCCUGCUGAUCUCCAGCUUAUUGGCAAGGAUGCACAAUUGCCUGAUAGCCUUGAUUGUCACACAGGUCGAUGGCAUUGCUGUGACUCAGGGCCAUAAACUCCAUUUCCAAGGGGUGUGGGCCAGGGGGGCUGAGAGCUCGGGCUGGUCUAUAAAGGCAGGCCUCGGCCCAGCUGCUCCAUCCUGCUCCCUCCAGCUGCUGUUCUGCUUCCCAGGCUCAUCCCAAGGCAGCCAUGGCAUUCGCAGGCAAAUACGAGUUCGAGGGCGACGAGAACUACGAUGCCUUUGUGCAGAAGAUCGGUCUCCCCAGUGACAAGGUUGAAAUGGGAAGGAACUGCAAGAUUGUGACAGAGGUGGUGCAGAACGGGAAUGACUUCACGUGGACACAGCACUUCCCGGGAGGCCGCACCACCACCAACACCUUCACCGUGGGCCAGGAGGCAGACAUGGAGACCAUGGGAGGGAAGAAGUUCAAGGCAACUGUCAAAAUGGAAGAUGGGAAACUUGUGGCUGAUUUCCCCAACUACCGCCACACUGCAGAGAUCUGUGGGGGGAAGCUGGUAGAGAUUUCUACUUCUUCUGGUGUCGUCUACAAAAGGACCAGCAAAAAGAUUGCCUAAGGCAGCAAGGCCAGUCUCCUCCAAUGCACUGAAAGCCAACAAUAAAAUAAAUAAAGUAAAGUUCUGUCUUCGUCUCUUUCUUGGUUUUACAAACAAUGUCAUGUUAAUGCUGACCCCAUUCCUACAUAUCUGAUGGGGUGGGACAAGAUGAGAUUUAAGGUCCCUCCCAACCAAACCCUUCUGUGACUCUGAUUCUCUGCUCUGAGGGACAUCACUGAUGCUCACACCACUUUGUGCCCUGAGAGGAGCCCUGAGCCUUAAGAACAAGACCUUUUAAUCACUUCCUGUGCAGACCAGAUGCCUUUGCCGUUAGAGCUGCCUUGAUGGGGCUGGGAGGGAUUU